AAGCGUCUGAAGAACCUGCAAAGCAACAGCGCCACAUUCACAGGAAUCAAUACUGGAUGUCAACAACGUGAGGGGAGGAAUACAUGCUCUGACUCCCACUGCUUAAAAAAAAAAUACAAACAAACAAACUCCGAACUGUCAUCCUCAGGAGGACGUCAUGGCUCAGAGGGAGUCACCGGUCGUUUUAAAUGGGACUCAAAUAUCAUAUAUUGGACACGACUCUACAGACAUGCCCCACUUUCUUGGAGAGGCGUACGGCAAGUUUGCAAGACGACUGGAUCUGAGCUUCAAUCAGCUCAGGUCGCUGGCAGGCCUCAAAAUGUUUACCGAGCUGGAAGAGUUGAUCGUCGACAACAAUCUGCUUGGAAAUGACCUCCAGUUGCCCAGGUUACCCAAGCUCCACACCCUGACACUCAAUAAGAACCAACUGACUGAUAUCGAGGCCCUGCUGGAACACUUAGCUGAUGUGACCCCAUCGCUCGAGUAUCUAAGCCUGCUGGGAAACGAGGCCUGCCCCAACCAGCUGGUGAGCCUGGAUAAGGAUGACGACGACUACCAGAGAUACAGGUACUUUGUACUUCACAAAUUGCCCCAGCUGAAGUUUCUGGACUCCAGGAAAGUAACAAAAAAAGAACUGAUGGAGGCACAGGCGAGAGGGGCGUUCAUGAAAGUGGUGAAGCCAAAGUUGGAAGCACUGCCUAAUGAGGCAGGAUUAGAGAAUCACCCAUUGCCCUACACACCUCUGCCUCGAGGAUCCAGAGAUGCCAGAAACCACAAAGGCGUAUUCGCCAAGUGUCGCUACAUCUACUAUGGCAAGCACUCAGAAGGCAACAGAUUCAUCCGAAACGAUCAGCUCUGAUGUCCACAGGAUGCUCUCGGAGGAGUCACUCUUUUUUUUUUAUUUAUAAGCACUGGAUUUUUUUUUCAAUCACCUAAUCUAUUGCUGGAAAACAAAAGACAAAUUUUAUUCAAAUAUGCUGUUGUAGUUAUGCAUGAUGAAUACUUUCUUGAUCAUAUUAAAUUUUAGAGCCAUUGUUUUAGCCUCCUCUCCUGAGCUGAGCCUACUUCUGUUUUCCUGCUUGCAGCUCAGAGUCAGAGAUGACACUCCCACUGACAUGAUUGCCUCUAAGCAUCAGCUGCAACACAACUCUCUCUCACACACACACACACGGACCGUCUCCCUGCCUUAUUGUCUUACACACAGCGAGCAACAAACAUAUCCAGGCAAUUGCUUCCUUUUCUUUGACACCCAUGAUGGAUCACUUGUCCACAACAGCUUCUAAUCAAGGGUGAAGGGGGUGGCGGUCACACACCUGGGCCCUAACAUGGACUCAUUUUCUUCAUUCUCUUAUUCUUCCUUUCUCUUUUUUCUCCUGCGCUUGCGCUCACAACUGCUGUUUAAGUUAUUAAGAUAAGAGGUGAGAGAAACUGGUGAAAGCAGCAAUAGCUGAGAAUCGGUGUCUUCAGUAACAUGCACAGCAGCAUUCCAGAUUUUGACAUUGUUCUAGACAGUGAAAUUGUAUUUGUGGGAGCUGUAAAUAGGUUUCUAUUCUUAUUGCUGUUUACAUGUUACAGAGCAUUGUGGGAUUACAUCCUCCUACACCAUUUGAUAUGUUUGGCCCAUCUGGAGCCCUAAUUACCUAUAUGCCCUUCAAAACAUGAAGCUUUACUUUUUUUCUUGCCAUUAACAGUUCUCUUUUUGGCACCUGCUCUGUUCUCCACUAAAUCUGUUGAAAUUUCUGCUGGAUUCACUGUCAAAUUGAAAGAUUUGUUAUUUUUACCUUUUUUUUUUUUUUUUUUUUUUUUUUUUUUUACAAUUUUCACUAAAACAACUUUCCUGAGUGUUAAUAGAAUCAUUAACAUAAACCACUGACUAUAUUCUUAUCACACAACAUAAUUUUUCCAUCUGUCCAUUUCUGGUAGAAGUUUAGUGAAGUCUGAUCAGAUUGUUUUACAGUUCUAAAUGGCGGCUUGUGAAGACUGAUGAGGCUCAUUACAAUCUUUUUUUCUAACCUGACAAUUUAAAACAGCCCAGCUUCUCUCCCAGCAGUAGUUUGCAAGUGUAUGGCAAUCAGUGACAAAGUAAGUGAGAUGGACCACAACAGGUGAAACUCAUCAAAUGGAGUGUAAAAUUUAUCUUUGGGAUACCUUUCCUAAAAAAGAAAAAAAUGUCUGACUGAGAUAAUACUUUGGUAUUGGAUUCUCAUAAUUCAUCGAACAUUAUUGUUCUUAAUCUUAUUGAGUUUUUUUCCCCACUAUGUCUUAGCCUUUGUACUUGCUGUGGUGUUUUCUUUAUUUGUACUGAGAUAUACUGUCAAUUAUAAAUGAGCUGUGAAGACAUGCACUGAAGUUUCUAAUUGAUUGUCCCGCUUAUGUGAAAAAUGUUCCUAUGUGUUUAUUAUUACUGUUAAUCUUGCACACUGUGUUUCUCAUACUAUGGCUUCAAGGGAACCUUCCAGAUGAAGAUUUUGAACUAACAUUUAAUUUCUAACAGCUCAUCUAAGAAAAAAAAAAUCAUUGUUGUGUGAUUAAAUGGGCUGAACUCAAAUGUGGUGAAGUUGUGUUUUUAUGUAUGUCUACUCCUGGACCGGUUCAAUACAUUGAUACCUAACAGUGAAAUAUUAGUUUUACAUAAAUCCAAUAAAAUGGAUAAAACGUUA